AUGGGUUGUUCACCCUCACACCAGGUGGUUCCAUCGCCUGGAAAGGUGAUGGCCACUUUUCCACUUCGCCCGUCGUUCCAGUUCAACGAGCGACUUGCGGUGUACGCUGAUGACGUCACAGGCUUAGACAUGAUUUCGCCACCAAUUCAGCCUUCAACAACAAAGAGCGACAUAUUUCAGCUGGAAAAAUUUAUAGACAUCGACCGCAGAGCAACAAUGGCUCCAGACAACCUUCUGUAUCAACCGUACAAUAAACUAAUGGAGUUUCUACUGACUGGAAUAAAAGACGACCUGUCAAAGGUCAGGAUAAUUUUCCGGUGGGUCACUGCGCAGCCGCUGGACAACAUGGUGAUCCGAGAAGAGCCCGACAGUUCUCUCCCCUUAUUCCAGUUCUGGAGGAUCCAACAGGGCAAGGGCAACUAUGCUCAGCUUAUUCUUACUAUGUGUAGGCUGGCUGGAAUAUCUUGUGUAAUCAUAAACGGCCUUAUGAAAGGAUCGACUUACAUAAUCGGUCAGCAGAUGACAAGCGAGAGUUUAUACGGAGAAUGGAAUGCUGUUCUGAUUGACGACAACUGGCGCUUCCUCAAUGCCUACUGGGGCGCAUGUGGAGAAGGCGACGACGACGAGGUUGCGGAGAAGUCGAAAAAAAAGAGAGCAACAAAGAAAAAGUCAGUGUACAGUUGUGAUGAGAAUUACUUUCUUACAGACCCUGAGCAUUUGUCAGCCAGUCAUCUCCCGUUUGUUAAAGAAUGGCAACUUCUUAACAAUCCCAUAACCUUGGAGCGUUUUGAAGAAAUGGCGUUCCUCAAGGACCGAUUCUUCAACUUAAACAUGUCGUUAGUUACGCACGACAAGUGCAUCGUUCGGUCUCUUAGCGGAGAUGUAGACUUCCGCUUUAAUAUCCCAGUUGAAAAUUCGGUGAAUUUAAAAUUUCGCCAUAUCCUCUCACGCCUUCAGACAGCCAUUGUGCCUUCCGUGGGUGGUGAAGCGGUAAAGCAAAACCAGUAUGCAUUUGUUCAUAAGAUACAACCAGACAUUCUCAGUGUGGAAAUAAGGGUUCCCGAGGCCGGGGUAUACCGUCUAGAACUGGUGGGCAAAGAUGCUUCAAUCGACAAGCCUGGUUACGAUUACGACUGGAUAGUGCUUUAUAAAAUUGUCGUGGACAAGGGUUUAGGAGGUUGCCCACCGUUUCCAAUUGCUUCCCCGGCUGGUUGGGGACCGGGGUUUGAAGCCCACACCCUAAAGCUAACGCCGGUCUCUCACAAAACUGGGCGGGUGAAGACGCCACAAGGAGAAGUAGAAAUACGAUUCAACGUUGAAAAAGCUGCGACGAAAACGUUGACGUUCUCUCACCAGUUAUCCUCGGUGACAGUGGAUGAUAUGUCUCUCAGUGAGCAUGUUGUUCAUUGGAGAGACGGGAGUGAAGUCAUUUUCUUUAUGCGGACACCCAUCAAGGGAGAAUACGCACUCGCUUUGUUUGUUAGCGACUCGCAAAACAAGGUGGAAAACUUCUGUAACUAUUUAGUGACAUCAGAGCAGACAGGGCGUCACGAGGCAUUCCCGCGAGACUUUGGCGAAGGCGCCGGGCCGCGUGACGGUCUCGUGGAUAUGGGAGUGAAGUUGGUAUCCCAUAAGGAUCCAGUUAUACGCGCGCAUAGAGAAGAAGUUAAAAUUGUAUUUGAAAUGAAAAAGCCUAUCGAACUUUUUGCAGCUUUAUCAGGCGUGGGUCUCAAAGCAGCCGAUAGCAAACGCUUAGUAAAGCACUACACCAAGGGGAAUUUCGUGCACUUCAGCGUUCGAAUGCCUGCCCAGGGAUCUUAUGGUCUAAAGGUUGUCGGAAUGGACCCAACAGCUGCGAAAACUUUUCAAAAUAUAUACGAUUACCUGAUAGAAUUCAAAAAGAGAAAAACCUUGAAAGGUGAUAGUAAGAUUACUGAAGAGCCAAUCAAGGAAGUCGCUCAAAGACAAGAAUCACAGAUUUCGAUUAUUUCGGACAUGAACGAGACGAGCAGUUUUGUUGAAGUUGGUCAGCCACCCAUACAGGAAGAGGUGAAAAUCCCGGCCAUUGAGGAGAUCCCAACGAUUCCCGAGCCGCCCAAACCGGAAGUGCCAUUUCCAAUACAACCAGAUCCCCGCGUGGGUCGCAUCCAGCAAAGAAUGAGACAAGCUGUUGCCGAAAAGAACGAACAUGAGCUAGAGAAAGCUAUAUCUGAUAUUCGUGAAUUGAACUUGCUGUAUACGGGACCGGAAGAAACCCGUGCUCAGUUGGAUCUGAAUGUCAUGCGCACACGACGAGAGAUUCUGGAAGCUUGCAAAUCCGGCGACCAAGUUCAGUUGCAGUUAGCUGUGGACAAUUUAAAAAGUCUUCAACUCCAAGGAGUCCUUCGGAAAGAAAUGUUGAGAGCACAGCGGCUUUUGGACCGCCACAAUAACAUUCUGAAAAAUCUGCAUGGCGUCAUGGAUCUGAGUUACAACACCGUUGCCGAAAUCAAGUCGUUUUCAAAUCCCCCAACUGAUGUCAAACGGACCAUGAUGGCUACGUUUUUGCUACUCGGUCACUUUGAAGAGGAAACGGAGAUUUGGAAAAACAUCUACCUUCAACUGAGCAGGAUCGGAAACGACUCCUUCAAGAACCGCAUACUGGAGCUUGACCCAGCGACGGUUCCGGCCGACAUCGCUCUAGGCGCGAAAGAGCUUUUAGGAGAGAUAACUUUUCACAAAAUUUUAAGCACCAGUGCUGGAGCUGCAGCGUUCUAUGUUUGGGCCCAGAGUGUCAUCAAAGAAGUUGAAGACAGGUGCGGCAAAGAUAUUUCCACGGUCACACCAAGAAGACGAGGGUCACCAAAACAAUCCAGCCAACAGCAAGAGGACAAGUGUUAG